AUCCUGAAGUUAAUAUUGAAAAUGUGCUUAAGCUGAUAACUUAUAUACGUGAAACUAUUUGCGUGGAUAGUGCGCAGAUUUGGUCUUUACUACAACGGCAGCCAGCAAAAUAUAACUAUAAACUGAAAUCAGCAUUGCCAAAAUUACCCAAUGAAUCAGUCAAGUCAAGAUCAUCUA